CAAGCAGGUACAUCCACGCAAAAAAAGCUAACUCGAGAAAAGGAAAAUCCUUUCAGCGUUUAAUUGUUUUAAAAAACCGCCUUAGCUGGCCCAGUGGUCGGUUAUUAGUUAGCUGCAAGAUGACGCGCGUAACGAGAAGUGAAAUCUCCCUGGACAUGGAGUUCUGGGUGGAGGAACUGUCGCCGGCUCAGUUGGCGUACUAUGAGAAGAUCACCAACGAGCACAACGCGGUAAAGGGUGCGCUCAAGAAUGCGGUGAGCGCCAACGAGGGCAAGGAGCUCUUCAGCGGCCAGGUGUUCCAGGCGUACUCCUUCAAGGGCAAAGUGCUGCAGGAGCUCAAGGAGGCCACGCUGCCCAAGAAGCCGCCCAAGGCGGCGGAUCCCCCGCCAACCCCCACUGCUCCUACCACUGGCACGGGGCGUGGGCGUGGCAGACCACCCAGGCAGCCCUCCAACAUCGCCUACCUGGAGUCUUCCGACGAGGGCGACGACGAUGUGCCGCUGGCCAAGCGACUCGCCCUGUCUGUGGGCAAAAAAGCGGUGGCCGUGGCCAACGCAUCCUCCGCAUCCUCUCCAAAACUCGGCAAGAAGGGAGCUGCCGCGGCUGCUGCAUCCUCUUCCUCUGGCAAGUCUUCACCCAUACCCAAGAGCAGCGGGAAAUCGCCAAAGGAGCCCAAGUCGGACAUGGAGUCGCCGCCAAAGAACUACCGACCCGCCGAAGUCAAUUCGGUCGGUGGUCUGGUGGUGGGCAGCACGGACGAAAGCAAGGACAGCAAGGAUGGCAAGGAGGGCAAAGACAACAAAAUGCAGGGCAAAACAUAUCCAUCACUGGUAGUGCUAGCCAAACCCUUCCUGAAGAUCAAGGACAUGGCUGCCACCCGCAGCAAGCUGGACUCAAAGGUCAAAUUGGUGCUCAUGCUGACGCCCAAUAAGUUCUGCGAGUGGCUGCUCCAGGAGGGACUCCUCCGCGCCCAGCAGCACUGUAUUAACCACCGCAACAACGAACUGAAGCUGGGCAUAUAUUCGGAUGUCACCAAGUUCCCCUAUACUGGUGGCUAUGUGUGGAUUAGCGAUUGUUGCCCCUAUCGCUUCGUAUCCGUAUUCAACAAUUCCAUUUUUGAAGGAGCCCAGCACCCGCCCACGUUCCUUCUAAAGCUGAUUUACCACUGGGCCUGCCAGACCAGCAUACAGAAUGUGGUGCAGUGGGUCAAGGUGGACAGUGUUUACAUCAAGGGAAUCUACACCUGGCUAAGAGCCAUUUGCACAUUGGCCGUGCAUCAGAAGUGCAAAAAGUUGGGCGGACCCGGAAAGUUUGUGGAGGUGGGAGUAAUUUCCCUAGGAACCACCUCCCAAGACGGCUCCCAGCGCCAGGUUAAGGUAGAGGUUCUUGGCGUCUAUGACUACGCAGAGAAAUCCAUUCGACUGCGGGCAGUGGAGCCCAUCACCGAUGGCGAUCGCAACUACAAGAAGCGUUUCCAGGCCAUUCUGGAGCCGCUGUCACGCUGGGUGCACAAGGACAGCACAAUUUGCAUUGACUUGACUGUGGACAAGAUUACCCUAUUCAGCAUGGGAUUCAAAAAUAUCGUACAAGCCGCUGCCACCGACAAUACGGCCAAGCACAACAACUCUGCGGUAAUGGAAUACUUGCGCCGGAUUGUGCCGCGUAUGUUUCAGAACACCCUAUCGCUGCUCUCGCGCCAGAUGAUUCAGCAGUUCCUUGACGAGCUGGUCUGGCGCGAGUCCUUUGGCACAUAUGCCCUGCAGGCAUUUAACAACAUUAUUAUACAUAUCGCCGAGCAGACGAGGGUAACCACCAAUGAGACGAUCACCCAGCGCCUGUAUCAGGUGGCCACCAAUCCGUUCAAGGACUGGAGUGUUCUGCCCGCUAACUACAAGGAGACCCCGGCCAAUGCGGCCCCCAAGCGCCUCAAGAAACCAAUCAACGACGCCGACUAUGUUGUCUCUAACAAGGUUCCAAAGAAGGAAAAGGACCGCGAAAAGGAUACCAUGCCCUCUGGAGCUAAGCGUGGUCGACCGCCAAACCCGAUGAACACUCCACCACCUCAAGUUCCAAUUAAGAAGGGUCCAGGUCGGCCACCAGGCAGUACCAACCAGCCGAAAGGAGACAAGGCAUCGACCUCAAAGGCGGCCGGACCUGCAUCGGCAUCAAAAUCACUGUCUAAAUCACUGGGAGCCAAAGCUUUCGCUGUUAAAACACCUGGAAAAAAACCGAAAGAAAAGGAUGAAAAGGUUUCCAUGGUCAUUAAGAAGGAGGACGAGGACCUUAGGGGUUUGGAGGAGCUUUACUACGGCAUUAGCGAUGGAACGGACGAAUACUACGAGAUGUUCCCAUACAGCACGCCCCGAACCGCCCACAACAACCUGGCCAAGACCGUGGAGUGUCCAAUAUGCCUUAACGGUGACUCCUUCGAUUCCAACGAGAAACUGCAGACACACUUGGUUUCGCACAUCUCUCCCGAGGGCAAGCAGCACCAGUUCCAGUGCCUCUUCUGCCUCGAGAAGCACCCCACUGAGUCGGUUCUGGCCAAGCACAAUCAGAUCAUGCAUCCAACCGAGACAAAGACGGAGGGUUCGCCCUCGUACUACUGCCUAAUCUGCCAGCAGCGUCACAAUUCCCUGCACCUUUUGACGGCCCAUUUGCAGAAGGUGCACAGCACGCUGGAGCUGCCUUAUUGGUGUCACUCCUGCGGCUAUCGUUCAUCGUCACACAGAGAUUUGGUCCGGCACUACUAUGACGACCAUAAACACCAGAACUUUCUACAGUGCCCCUACUGCUUGGAUAUUUUCUACUUCUCAAAGCGCGGCGUUGUCAAUCAGCUACGAAUUGAACAUUACUUCCUGCAUUUGGACGAGCACAUCAACAAGCGGGAUCCCUCGCUGCGCUGUCAGAAGUGCUCGCUUACCUUCCUUGAGAAGGGUGAUCUUAAGCAGCAUGCCGUCCAACACCAUGUCAGCAUGAUCAAGACCAACAAGCCGGUGCGACUCUUACUCAACAAUUCGCUGUUGAUCCCACCACCCAAGGUUCGCACCCACCACCGUGAGCAGCCGCCGUUCUCCACCUACAAGCGCCCAGUAUUCUUUGCGUUCUUGGAGGGCAAGACUUGUGCCGAAUGCAACACCGACUACGCCAGCGAGGAGACACACUACACCGGUUGGCUGCACUGCGUUAAGUGCAAUUAUCAGACUUGCUGCGAACGAGCUCAAUUCCGUCAUGGCGUGGAUUGUAAUGGAAACUUUGUGGAUGCCAUGGAGGUGAAUAUGCCGCAGGAGAUGCACUGCAUCUGCGGCUUUGCCACCGGCAACGGCAACAAGAUGGCUCAGCACUUGGCCAACUGUGGACUUAGCACCUGCUAUCCGAGUUUGGAGGCGGCCAAUGAGAAUGCCGUGAAGCGCAAUAUGCUGGACAUGUUGGGUUUGGUUCGGCGGGACGGCGAAACCUCGGGCGAGGGUGCGGAAAUCAGCGAGGCUGCCGAAGAUGUCCCGGACCAGAACUCCGAAAUGUUGCCACCGCAGGAAGAUCAUCAGUUGCAGCAGCAUCACCAAGGGGUGGAACACCAGCAACAAAUGCAGCAGGAACUUCAUGAGCCUCAAGCGGAGCUUCAACCAGAGUACUUGUCGGCGCCCGUGGAGCAUGAACCAGUGCAGAAUCUGCCAGUUCAUCAGAGCAUACCAGUGCAGCAGAGCGGGCCAAUACAAUUUGGAGAAAUGGAGGCUGCUCCAGUAAUGUUGGAUCCGCAGCAGCAGGUGCAGGCCACUCCAGAUUACGCCCAAGUUUCGGUGGUGCAGCAGCAUCAGCAGCAGCAGCCCUACGGAAUGAGCCAAUACGGCCAGAGCUCUUUGGCCACGGAUAUCGACAUGCCUUUAAUUGGAGAGCUCUCUGAGCCAAAUGCCCCGCCCACGCCACAGUUCCUGGGAGAGGUCCACACUCCCAUGUUCGAUGCAGUGGCCGCCGCCGAGCAACAGCACUAUCACGCCCAGCACCAUCAUCACCCGCAAUGAUAUAAGCCACCCGGAAAGCUGAAAUCACGCGACUACACUCUUCACUGGCAGAACUACUAGUUGGAGUUCAUCUCUAACAAUUUGAUUGCACAUUGGCCAUAUCCUGGAUUCUUAACAGAAAAUGCAUCUGACUGUAGCAUGGCAAUAUCCAAGCACAAACCAUACAAUACGAAGGCAAUUAAUAUUGUAUAGCAUCUAUAUAAGUACUUUUGACAUUAACGAACCAUCUUGAACGAAAUCUCAAAAAGGUUUUUUAUAUAUUAAUACUUACGUAUUUCCGCCAGGAAAACAAACAUAAGAUUCAUUUACCGCUAGGUAAGGUUAAAAGUCCUCUACAAUGAGAUCUGUAUCUUUACAUUUUAAAUAUAUAUAAUACAUUGAAAUUCACUUGGAUAUUGGUAACUAAUCAUUUGUAAAUGACAAAAAUACAUACAUUGUAAUUUUAAUAAAUCUACUUGUCCUUAAAUUAGUCUUUAAA